ACUUUAUUAGAAUAGGACCUAAUGAGCUCUCGAUGGUUGAUUUAUGAUAUUUUUUGGUACAAUCCAGAUGAGGUGGCUGGAUCUAAAGCUUUUCAUGUUCUUCACUAUCAGAAGUCGCUACAUCUGGAAGAAAACUGGGGGACAUAAAAUUCAUAUUGGAGUCACCACCCUUAAAUGGACAAACCAACACUCGUAAUGCUAUUAAAAAAAAAAUAAAAUAAAAAAAUCCAUGUUUUUUAAACAACAAGUGCUGCAUCAAGAAAAUUGCCUUUUGUUCUAGUGCUUGCUCCAUUAUGGCUAAGUGGAUGAAUGAGAAAGCACCUUCUGAGCUUAUGUUUGAAGUAUAAAAUGCUGUCUUGGAGAGGCAGAAAAAUUCAUCGCAUUCCCCAUCAAAUAGCUGAGUAACUUGUUUUGUUGUGACUUGUGUGAUACGUAAAGAAAUGGAAGCUCCAAUGAAGUUUGUAUUCGUUCUUGGUUUGCUUCUGCUUGUGACUGUUGGUCUUGAAAAGGUUGAUGGAGCAGGGAAUCCUUGUGGGAAAUCAACACCAGACAAGGAGGCAAUGAAGCUAGCUCCUUGUGCAGAGGCUGCACAAGACGAAAAAGCAGCUGUUUCAGCCAGUUGCUGUGCUCAGGUGAAGAGAAUUGGUCAGAACCCAAGUUGCCUCUGUGCUGUUAUGCUUUCUGACACCGCCAAGAGCUCCGGUAUCAAACCUGAGAUCGCCAUUACCAUUCCUAAACGCUGCAACAUCGCUAAUCGUCCAGUUGGUUACAAAUGUGGACCUUACACAUUGCCAUGAUGGGAUAAACAGAACAUUUUCAACGUCCACGGAUGUUCAGUAGUGGACAAAGAUAUCGAAAGCUGUUAGCUAGUAGUUUAAGUAAAGAUUAUGAUAUUGUACUUUGAAAAACAAUAAAAGCUAGCAGCUCAUGUCUAUCCUUCUUGGACAAUAAAAUACUUAGUAUUUUCAUAGUUAUGGCCUUUUCUUUUUGUUCUCUCUCUCUUUUUUUUUUUUUUUUUUCAAUAUUUACCUGAUUCUCGUCUCUUGAGGAGAGAAUAGCAGAAGAUAACAAUCACCAUGGCUACUCCAUCCUACGUUGGACCAGGAGUAGAGCUAAAAGAAUCCACUACCCCAAUCGAUCAUGUCCAAAAAAUAUAAAAAGAAAUUCAACUGAUUCUCGAUUCAGGAAAAAGACAAAAAGAAGCCUAAUAAAAAGAAGUUGGUAUUCCAAAAUCAGAUUUUUAUAACGAGCAAAAAUGUGGCUGCAAGUUCUCUGUCUUGGUCUAUGAAUCUUCUUUAACGACCAGAAACUUUAUGACCAUGGAAAAAAGCAUAACCUGACCACACAUUGAAUAGGACUGCUUUAAUGGGUGGGACAUGUUCUGGAUAGAGGAUGACCUUGUCUCGAAAAUCAGCUUGGAUGAGAGAUGGAAAAGACAGUUCUCAGACAAAGAGUUGGACAGAUCACUGGAUAAUUGCUGUUUUGCUGGGACCAGACCCUCAUGGUUGAUUUAACAGUUUGGUCGUGCGUGGCAGUGAAAUGGAAUCUCAAAUCUUGAGGUAGGAAAAGCAAUUGUAUCACAGUAUCAAGUAACUCAAAGCUCUUUGACCCUUCCAGAGAAUAUCUAUUUGUUUGUUUCAACCAACCAUUUCCAAUAUCUAAAAGUAAAUUCAGAAAACAUUCUGGGAGGGAGGGAGGGAGGGAGGGAGAGAAAGAGAGAGAGAGAGAGAGCCUAUGCUUAUAGAUAAUGAAGGAAACUUAGUAUUCAAAGUUCAACAACAUAAUAGUAUGCUGAGUCUCUAAUACCAUACAACCUCUACAGUAAAAAAGACAAAGUUCAGCACUCUUUACAGGUGAAAAAAAAAAAAAAAAGAAGAGAAA